CAUCUCGGUUAGAAGGUGGAGGCACCAGAAGGGAGUUCCUGUCCGGUGAAGCAGACCAGUCCCAGGUAGCACCCGGCACGGUGUGGUUUUCUGACCAGCUUGGCCUCCCUUCCUGGAGAGGAGGACCGAGUCUGAGGUCACAUCCUCACGGACCGGGGCGCCGCGCAGAUCCACCUUCCUGGGGUUGCUGAGCGACGCCGGCUGCCUGGUGAGGUGCCCGAUGGUGCAAGGAAGCCGGGCCCUUGAAGAGGAAACCUUGCCCUGAGUCUUCUCUGGCCCCCGAGCUGACUUGCCCGCACGAUGGACUGGGGCACCCUGCACACGUUCCUUGGGGGCGUGAACAAGCACUCCACCAGCAUCGGGAAGAUCUGGCUCACCGUCCUCUUCAUCUUCCGCGUCAUGAUCCUCGUGGUGGCCGCCCAGGAGGUGUGGGGGGACGAGCAGGCCGACUUCACCUGCAACACGCUGCAGCCCGGCUGCAAGAACGUCUGCUACGACCACUUCUUCCCCGUGUCCCACAUCCGGCUCUGGGCGCUGCAGCUCAUCUUCGUGUCCACGCCCGCCCUGCUGGUGGCCAUGCACGUGGCCUACCACAGACACGAGAAGAAAAGGAAGUUCAUUAAGGGAGAGAUAAAGAACGAAUUCAAGGACAUUGAAGAGAUCAAGAGCCAGAAGGUCCGCAUCGAGGGCUCCCUGUGGUGGACCUACACCAGCAGCAUCUUCUUCCGGAUCAUCUUCGAGGCGGCCUUCAUGUACGUCUUCUACUUCCUGUACAACGGCUACCACCUGCCCUGGGUGCUGAAGUGUGGCAUCGACCCCUGCCCCAACCUGGUGGACUGCUUCAUUUCCAGACCCACAGAGAAAACCGUGUUCACCAUCUUCAUGAUCUCCGCGUCUGUGAUCUGCAUGCUGCUGAACGUGGCCGAGCUGUGCUACCUGCUCCUGAAGGUGUGUUUCAGAUCGAGACGAGCACAGACGCAAAGAAAUCACCCCAAUCACACCCUCAGAGAGAGCAAGCAGAACGAGAUGAACGAGCUGAUUUCCGAGGGCGGGCAGGGCGCCGUCACCGGCUUUCCCCGCUGAGCACCGAGGCCCCGCGUGGCUGGCUGGUUGUCACAAAGCUGGGGCUUCUCCGCAAGGCGGUGCCCCCGGGGUCCCGGCUCUAGGCUGGGACUUUGUCCUUUCAAACGGCUUUUGUAACACGUAGAUACUUGAGGUAACUUUCUGUAGAGAAACCGGGUCACUCUUGUGCCGCUUAAUCAGCGUGUGGUCCACCCCUGACAGCCGGGCCUCGCGCGACUUCAACGCGUGGGUGUGAGUGGGCCAUCUGGCAGUGGGUAGUUCCUGAAAAUUUAAGGACAUAACUGUUGUCGAUACAGAUCGUUUCUCUAAAAAUUGACACUUUUAUUAGUAAAAGAUAAUUUUAUAGGAUUGAAUGUUUUAGAUCUGACUCAGAAUUUAUACAAAGUAUUUUUGUAAUGACUGGUCUUCCUCACCUGGAAAAGCACACACAGUUGGGUUUAGAAUUAUAGCAUAGGGGUCUCAGUUGUGAACUUACUCUGCUUGUUGUAAGUGCUGCUUCGCAUCGUCUGUUGACAAAUCUGUGAACUCUCAUGAUACUCUUGGGGUGGGAAGAGUUCGUUGUACAAUAAAUAUCCUGUCACUGCUUUCUGGGUGGACAGAGCGGUAUGCAAGCGGGGAGCUGUUUUAAACCGGCCCCUCUGCGAUCGUCUUGCUCGUGACGCAGGAACGUGCUCCUUCAAUAAAGGUCAGCUCUUGGCUGAAGGCUG